CUUAACCAUAAUUAAUCUGUGACCAUAAUCUGCAUCUGCGUUGACUGACGGGCUUGAUGUUACUUUUGAAAAAUUAGUUAUAAUAUAUUAAUAUUCUGAACAAAACAAGUACUGCCAAUUUUUCUGAUAAAAUGGCUUCAGCAUCUGAAGAAACACUACCUGAAGGAUGGGAGGCACGAAAAAGCAGAAGUACUGGCAUGAUUUACUUCUUAAAUACUCAUACAAAGAAGUCUCAGUGGGACAAACCCGAUGGACCUGCGCCACUCGUUGAUGAAGAAGAUGAUGAAGUGACUCCAACCUCAGUACAAUGCAGCCAUUUGUUGGUGAAGCAUGCUGGAAGUCGCCGACCUUCCUCUUGGCGCGAAGAGAAUAUAACCAGAACGAAGGAGGAUGCUCUAGAGAUGUUAAGAGAGUUUCGCAAAAGGAUUGUAAACAAGGAGUUAACAUUUGAAGAACUUGCAAGGACUUACUCUGAUUGCUCGUCUGCCAAGCGCGGCGGGGAUUUAGGCCGAUUCAAGAAAGGUCAGAUGCAGAAACCAUUUGAGAACGUAGCCUUUUCGCUUAAAGUUGGUCAGCUGAGCCAAAUUGUCGACACUGAUUCUGGUCUCCACAUUAUUGUCCGAACAGCUUAAAAAAAUGAGCUCUCAUCUUUAUAAACAAAAAUCAAAAGUAUGUUUUCUUGUUUCUAUGUAAAUUAAGAUAAAAAAUCAAAAAUUUAAUAGCGACAUAUUCUCUUACAAAACGAAAAAAAAAAAAUUAAUUAUCCUAUUCAAAUUUUGUUAACUAACUUUAGUAGUAACCUAUUAUAAAAAAGAUUCUGUUAUUCCCAAUGGUUGUUCAAUUUCAAUAUGAUAAAUAAUUGUAUACAAAGUCAAAAGUUCUGCAUUUAGUUUGUAGUACUAAUACUAAUCUAUAUACAUAAAAAUGAAUGUUUGUCAGUAAGUCCUUUAAGAAUUGUAAACUAUGCAUUUGAUCAUGAUCAAUUGAAUAAUAAUAAUUCUUCAUGACAUACCAUGGUCUUCAGCAAAGUGUUGUGCAUGACAAGGGUUUCUGAUUUGGUACCACCAAAAAAAAUAAAAAAUAAAAAGCAUAGCAACGUACAGCUAGUUUUGAAAUAAAUUAAACAUUGAUUACAUGCUAUCAUCAAAAGUAUACACAAAUAUGCAUCAUAAACUUGAUGUUAGCGAUUGUUCCUGGUAAAUUUAUAUUCAUUCCUCCUUUUUUAUUUCUAUUAUAAUUAGUCUAUAUAUUUGUAGAAGUGUAGGUAACCUGUUUUUGAGCAUGCUAUUCAAAUAGUUACCUUAAAAGUUUUGGUCUACUUUUGUUCCCUAAAAUUCUUUAGAUAA